GCAUCGCCCGGGCAGCGGCGGCACCAGCAGCAGCACCAUGGUCCGGCCGGGCAGGCUGCUGCGGCUCCUGACUCUGCUGAAGUUGCCCUGCUGCCUGCUGGAGUUCCUGCUCUGGGAGGCGGCCCGGGGCCAGGAGAUGUAUGCGCCCCAUUCCAUCCGCCUGGAAGGGGACAUCACCCUGGGCGGCCUCUUCCCUGUCCACGCCAAGGGCCCCCCGGGCGUGCCCUGCGGGGAUAUCAAGAAGGAGAACGGCAUCCACAGGCUGGAGGCGAUGCUCUACGCCCUGGACCAGAUCAACAGCGACCCGGAGCUGCUGCCCAAUGUCACGCUGGGCGCUCGCAUCCUGGACACCUGCUCCCGAGACACCUACGCGCUGGAGCAGUCCCUCACCUUCGUCCAGGCUCUCAUCCAGAAGGACACCUCCGACGUGAGGUGCACCAACGGGGAGCCGCCCGUGUUCGUCAAGCCGGAAAAAGUAGUUGGAGUGAUCGGGGCGUCGGGAAGUUCAGUGUCCAUUAUGGUGGCCAACAUCCUCCGGCUCUUCCAGAUCCCACAAAUCAGUUAUGCCUCAACUGCACCAGAGUUGAGUGAUGACAGGCGCUAUGAUUUCUUCUCACGUGUGGUUCCUCCAGAUUCCUUCCAAGCACAAGCAAUGGUGGACAUUGUGAAAGCUUUGGGAUGGAAUUAUGUGUCCACUUUGGCAUCUGAAGGGAAUUAUGGAGAAAAAGGAGUCGAGUCCUUCAUGCAAAUUUCCAGAGAGGCAGGUGGGCUCUGCAUUGCUCAGUCCCUGAAAAUCCCCCAGGACCGCAAGGACAAGACCAUCGACUUUGAUAAAAUUAUCAAGCAGCUCCUGGAAACUCCCAAUGCCAGGGCCAUCGUGAUCUUUGCCAAUGAUGAGGACAUAAAACAAAUCCUGGCGGCCGCGAAGAGGGCGGAUCAGGUCGGUCAUUUCCUCUGGGUGGGCUCGGACACGUGGGGCUCCAAGGUGAGCCCCCUGCUCCAGCAGGAGGACGUUGCUGAGGGGGCCAUCACCAUCCUGCCCAAGCGAGCCACCAUCGAGGGGUUCGAUGCCUAUUUCACCUCCCGCACUCUAGAGAACAACAGGAGGAACGUUUGGUUUGCAGAGUACUGGGAGGAGAACUUCAACUGCAAGUUGACCAUCAGUGGGUCAAAGAAGGAGGACACGGACCGUAAAUGCACAGGACAGGAGAGAAUUGGGAAGGACUCUCCCUACGAGCAGGAGGGGAAGGUGCAGUUUGUGAUCGAUGCUGUGUACGCCAUGGCCCACGCGCUGCACCAGAUGAACAAGGACCUGUGUGCAGACUCCCCCGGGGUCUGCCCCGAGAUGGAGCAUGCAGGAGGCAAGAAGCUGCUUAAGUACAUCCGUGGUGUCAACUUCAACGGCAGUGCUGGCACUCCAGUGAUGUUCAACAAGAAUGGGGAUGCCCCGGGGCGCUACGACAUCUUCCAGUUCCACACCACCAACACCAGCACCCCGGGCUACCGCCUCGUCGGCCAGUGGACAGAUGAUCUCCAGCUCAAUGUCGAUGAGAUGCAGUGGGGCAGAGGGGUGCGGGAGGUCCCGCCCUCGGUCUGCAGCCUGCCCUGCAAGCCAGGGGAGAGGAAGAAGAUGGUGAAGGGGAUGCCGUGCUGCUGGCACUGCGAGCUCUGCGAUGGCUACCAGUACCAGGCUGACGAGGUGACCUGUCUGCUCUGCUCCUACAACGAGCGGCCCAACGAGAACCGCACGGGGUGCCGCUCCAUUCCCAUCGUCAAGCUGGAGUGGCACUCGCCCUGGGCUGUCAUACCCGUCUUCUUGGCCAUGCUGGGGAUUAUCGCCACCAUUUUUGUCAUGGCGACGUUCAUCAGAUACAACGACACUCCCAUCGUCCGGGCUUCCGGGAGGGAACUCAGCUACGUCCUGUUAACGGGGAUAUUCCUGUGCUACAUCAUCACCUUUCUGAUGAUCGCCAAGCCAGACGUGACCGUGUGCUCCUUCCGGCGGAUCUUCUUGGGCCUAGGGAUGUGCAUCAGCUACGCGGCCCUGCUGACGAAAACCAACCGCAUCUACCGCAUAUUUGAACAGGGCAAAAAGUCAGUGACAGCGCCCAGGCUGAUAAGCCCCACCUCGCAGCUGGCCAUCACCUCCAGCUUGAUAUCUGUCCAGCUUCUAGGUGUCUUUAUUUGGUUUGCGGUUGACCCACCCAACAUCAUCAUAGAUUAUGAUGAGCAGAAAACUAUGAACCCCGACCAAGCCAGAGGAGUCCUCAAAUGUGACAUUACGGAUCUACAAAUCAUUUGUUCCUUGGGCUAUAGCAUUCUUCUCAUGGUUACGUGUACUGUGUAUGCCAUCAAGACUCGGGGUGUCCCAGAGAAUUUUAAUGAAGCUAAGCCCAUUGGAUUCACUAUGUACACUACCUGUAUAGUAUGGCUUGCCUUCAUUCCAAUAUUUUUUGGCACUGCCCAGUCAGCCGAAAAGCUCUACAUACAAACCACCACACUUACAAUAUCCAUGAACUUAAGUGCUUCAGUGGCCCUGGGGAUGCUCUACAUGCCGAAGGUGUACAUCAUCAUCUUCCACCCCGAGCUCAACGUCCAGAAGCGGAAGCGCAGCUUCAAGGCGGUGGUGACAGCAGCCACCAUGUCCUCCCGCCUCUCGCACAAGCCCAGCGACCGGCCCAACGGCGAAGCCAAGACCGAGCUGUGUGAGAACGUGGACCCAAACAACUGCAUACCACCAGUAAGAAAGAGUGUUCAAAAAUCUGUUACUUGGUACACUCUUCCACCUACUGUAUAGCUUUUGCCUGCUUUACCUUCCAAAAGGCCCUGCUGCAAAAAAGA